AUGAAGAGUAAUGGGUAUAUACAGGGACAGUCUGAUCAUACAAUGUUUGUCAAACAUUCUUCAGAAGGACUGAUUUCUWCGUUGAUUGUCUAUGUUGAUGAUAUUGUUCUAACAGGGGAUUAUGCUGAGGAGUUUCCAAGAGUCAAAGAAUUUCUGACUAGAGAGUUUGAGAUCAAGGACCUAGGUAAACUCACAUACUCCUUGGGAAUGGAAGUGGCUAGGUCUAAGCGGGGCAUUGCAGUUUCUCAAAGAAAGUAUGUAGUGGAUCUUCUUAAAGAAACAGGUAUGCUUGGGUGUAAACCUGCAGAGACACCUAUGGACUACACUACCAAACUUGGUUCAAAUAAAGAAAGUACUCCUGUAGAUAAGGGAAGAUAUCAAAGGCUUGUAGGGAAAUUGAUCUAUCUCUCACAUACUAGGCCUGACAUAGCAUUCUCAGUAAGUGUUGUUAGUCAGUUCAUGAACAACCCUAUUGAAGAACACAUGACAGCGGUGUACAGAAUCUUGAGAUACUUGAAAAUGACUCCAGGAAAGGGACUGUUAUUCAGAAAAAACUCAAGCAAGGAAGUGGAAUUGUAUUCUGAUGCAGACUGGGCAUGCUCAAUCACAGAUAGAUGA